CAGUUACUGAGCUCACACCAUUUUCCAUCAACUUCAAAUAUUCUGUUGAUUAUCAAUGAUCAUAAUUAAUAUUGCAUUGCAAAUGCCUUACAAAUUUUGCAUCAAUGAUAGGCCUGAUAUCUAGAAAUUAAUGGCAACUAUCGAUUCAAAAUUAGAUGGAUUCUUUGCCAAGUUUCAAAGGCAGUGAAAUUGAAAAACUUUGAAAAUACAAUAGCCUAAUUCUACCAAAUCUCAGCGAUUGUUUCAUUCAUAUGUUUAACACGUAACAGACAUUGAAAAAAUAUCCUAAAGCAGAUUAAUAUUAAUUAGAUAGGAAAUUGAUAGUGAGGAACUCUUACUAAGAUGUGGGUGGAGAUUGUGUUGUUGUUUGUGUUGGUGUUGGUGUACGCGGUGCUGAGGGACAGGCGCCCCCGAACCCUCCCGCCUGGUCCAGUGGAGAUCCCAUUCUUUGGACGACUUCCGAUUCUCGAUGAAGAAAGUGCCGAACGCUUACGAAAAAAAUACGGUGAUAUUGUCUCGUAUCGCACUGGGCCCAUCCGAACGGUGUUCCUGUUCGACUACGACACUGCCAAGGAGGCCAUGGCAAAAGUUGAGUUCUCCAACCGCCCCGACUUCUUCUCGUCAUUCAGUGUGGACGAUCAGAAAAUUGGAGGUGUGCUCAGCAGCAACGGCGUACACUGGCAGCACGACCGUCGAUUUGUGCUGCGCAAUCUCCGCAACCUCGGCAUGGGUAAAAGUUACCUAGAAGAAGCCAUAAACACUGAAGCAAUGGCUUUGGUUGAAGACCUCAAGAAGUCCGGCGGUGAAGCCAUCAACUUCCCCGACAGCUUCAGGACUGUGGCGCUCAACAUCAUCUGGCAGAUGGUGGCAAGUACUCGGUACGAUCUGCGCUCAAGCGAAGUCGAGACCAUUUACCGGCUGACCAAAGGAUUUCAAGAUGACUUCUCAGCGAUAGCUUUCUUGCCUUUUUUCUUUCCUGCUUUGAAUAGAUUGCCAGUGCCAAUUAGAAAUUUAAUUUUGGGGGAGGACAAAUUUGGACAAUUAUUGGAAGAAAUGAAAAAAGUAAUCAACGAUGUCGUUGACAAGCACCUGGAGGACUACGACCCCGACAACCCCCGGGACCUCAUAGACGAGUACAUCAAAGACAUGAAGGAUAGCGAAGGCGACAACAACUCCCUCUUCAGGAAAGGAGCUCUGAACCAAAUCGUCAACGACCUCUUCUUCGCGGGAUCGGACACGGUAAACCAAAUGUUGAAGUGGAUGGCCUUCCUGCUCGCCCGGUAUCCAGAGUACGCAACGAGGAUGCAGCAGCAAAUAGACGCCGUCGUGCCCAGGGACCGCAUGGUGUCGCUCGACGACAAGCCGAACUUGCCCUUGGUCGAGGCAUUCACUGUUGAAGCCUUGCGGUACUCAUCCAUGGUGAUCUUAAACGUUGAGAGGACGGCUACCCGCGAUACAAACUUCAAGGGCUACCUCAUUCCCAAGGGAACUACAGUGCAAGUGUGUAACUACUCAGUCCACUACGACCCGCGAUACUGGGACGACCCCCACAAGUUCUACCCUGAACGAUUCCUGGACGAGAGCGAAACAAAGUACACGGCCCCGAAGAAGGGCUUAUUCGCCUUCGGUUCAGGUCGGCGUCAGUGCGUGGGGGAGCUGCUGGCCCGCAUGGAGUUGUUCCUCUUCACCGCCGCCCUCAUCCAGCACUUCGACGUGCGCCCCCCGCACGGCGUCGACAUCACCAAGACAGCCAUCGUGAACUUGGGAGGCAUUCGCGCUCCUGCAGAUGACAAGCUCAUCUACCAGCCCAGAAACUGAUACAUUGACCUUCGUCUGUAAUCAGAAGUUGAUGCCCGAACUAUUUGAUAUGACAUUGACAUACGGUGGUGUCUUUCGGGUCGUUAAUACCAUUCUUAGCCUAUUGUCUCGGAUACAUUUUCUGUUAUCGUACAUUCGUUUAUAUUUACCAGUAGCCUUUAUGGUAGAUUUACUUUCAUCUACUCCAUUCGCAAUUUAAGGCUGCUUUUCACAAGUUGAUUCUAUCUGGAACACCUGAUUUAGCAGGUUUCAAGUUCAUGAUUGUGCUGGAUCCACGAGACCAAUCAGUUAACCUCUGUUAGCAGACCCAUCAAGCGGCACCAGACUAACCAAACACUGCGAAAACACACAAAAAGUGAUCUUAAUCCAAUUAUAAUCAUUUUAUUCAAUCAAUAAAUUAUGCUGAGUGAGUUCUAUUAAUCAAGCUAUGGUGUUCAAGUUAUUAUACUGAAAUAUUAGUAAUUAAGUAUUAAUAUAGAUGCAGAUGCGUCGUGCAAUAAGAGGACAACCACAAGUGACCAACGAUUAUGUUGCCUGGAACCACAUAAUGAAGAUGACGAAGACGAACGCCACUAAACGAAAAACGAAAAAGUGAAGCUCAAGCGAUGUAUCGGAUGUUAUGAAAUAAGCGAGUAAAGCUGACGACACGCAGCAGAUAUCAGCAACAAACGAUUCAAGAUCGUAGUUGCUACAUCAUCUGCAAUCACCGCUGGUGCAUCAGACUGCAAUCAUUGCCUCUUAAAUUUUUUUGGUUCUCUGCUCGUUUUUUUCGUCAAAAAUUCACGUAGAAAAUUAGAGACUUCGAGGGACAGAAACAAAGAGUGAUGCCACAGAAAACAUAGUUUUUACUGUAGGAAAUCUAAUGAAGAUGUAAUUAUAUAUGAAUGACGGUAAACAGCAGAAGAUUGAAAGCAGAAGCUUUCAAUCUUCUAAUUUCAUUGAUGUUGAAGCACAAGUAUGCAUUACAUGAGUAAAAUAAUAUAACAAGUAAUGCUAUUUAUGGAUAAAUGCUUUUUUUUAAUUUUAGGUUAUAAUUGGCAAUGCAUCUAUUACCAAUUGCGCGAUUAGAACGAUGUACAUGUAUAAAAAUGUAUGUGCACUGAACGAUCAAACUCGCGAAGAAGGUAACUAUCAUAAACUUGUCUUAAGCUCGGCAGUGCGUUAAACAUUUUAAUGAAAAAAUAUCCCGGUGGUGCGUUGUUUAUUUGCAAUAAGCAUAAAUAUCUCAGCAGUGCUCGACUCGUGAGCAGUAAAAAGGAAUACUAUAGCGGCGUGCGGUUCAUCCACAACAAAUACAAAUAUCGAUUAGUUGAACGGUUCAUCGGAAAUGAAGAAAAAAUCACGAUCAUUCAGCUUAGAACUUUAAUGCUUUUUGUGAUUCUUUAGUAUUAAUACAAAAUAAAACUAAACUAUAAU